AUGCCGAUUCAUGUUGAUGGUACACUGGAUUCUCCGGUAGCGGAUGUGGACAAGCAAUGUCGUCUCUUAGGCCCAACAGCUCUGGUCGUACAAGCCCUAAUGGGUGUCAUCGUUAUUGCCUCGUUAUUAUACAAACGCCAUCGGGAGCGUCCACGUCGGGCUUGGAACAUUUGGGUCUUUGAUGUCUCGAAACAAGUGGUUGGCCAAGCGAUAUUGCAUGGGAGCAACGUCCUUAUUAGCAUGAUCGAAGGGAGCCAUGCCCUAAAGAAUCCAUGCGUCACGUACUUUCUCAACAUCCUCCUAGACACAACAAUCGGUGUCGGGCUCAUAUACACAUUGAUUCACUUCUUCACGUUUAUCUUGGAAACCAAGUUCAAAAUUGAAGGCAUUACGUCCGGCGUCUAUGGUAAUCCGCCUUCUGUCAAGUGGUGGGCGAAACAAGCCGCUAUCUAUGUUGUCGUGCUCGCUAUCAUGAAGAGUGGAAUGGGUGCCAUAUCGUUAAUCUCAUGGCUGAACCAUUUCGGCAAGUGGCUACUCGGUUGGUCGAAAGACAAGACAGCAUUGCAAGUUAUCUUUGUGAUGGGAGUGUUCCCAAUAACGAUGAACGUAUUGCAGUUUUGGCUUAUUGACUCCAUCGUUAAGUUCAAAGGACUAACGAACCGAGGAGAAAGCGAAGAUGAUGAAGCCGCCAGGGAACCACUAUAUACAGACGACACAUCGGAUCCUGAACGAGACACAGAUGAGAACUCGUUCAAACCGGACAUCGAGAGUACCCAUUCGCAGCAUCGGUUAAACUCAGACUUGUCUCGAUCACCUGAUGGCGCAGCGAUUCGUCCUUCUCUUGAUCUGUCACCCCCUACUCCCACCUCUCCUGCAAGCUCGCGAACGAUCAGGGCUCACCAAAUUCGCAGGAGGUCGCCACCACCCUCUCCAUCAAUCUCUUCCACACCUUCGUCACCUUCGCACGGCUCACUUGUGUCAGAUGAGCCUGACUCACACUUUGGUGACCCAUCCCGAGUGGGAGAACAAGGCGAUAUUCCCCGAGCCCUCAGCGGGGAUGGAGAAAACUCGUUAAAUCCGACGUCGCCGACUGAUGGGAGGGUGGUGCCAGUGAAGUGGGAAUCUUGGAAAAUGACAUCUCCGCCACCCUCUUCCAAGACAUGA